AUGAUGCGAGGAGAUACAAAGUACUACGACACCCUCGGUGUCUCCCCCGAUGCAACCGACUCUGAAAUCAAAAAGGCCUACAGAAAGUUGGCGAUGCAGUACCACCCUGACAAGAACCCUGAUGCAGGAGACCAGUUCAAGGAGAUCAGUCAUGCAUAUGAGACUCUGAGCGACCCCGAGAGCAGGGAGAUGUACGACCGUUACGGCGAGGAUGGCCCCUCGGGCGGCGGCGGCGGAUUCGGCUUUGGAGGCAUGUCUCAGGAAGAGAUGUUUGCACAGAUGUUUGGCGGCGGUGGCGGCUUCUUUGGAGGCAUGGGAGAUGAAGGCCAUUCUCACCAAGGUCACGGAGGAGGAGGACGCUCAAGAACGAGACGGGGCGAGGAUAUCUCUCACAACCUCAAUGUCACCCUUGAGGACCUUUAUAACGGCAAGACUACCAGGAUGUCUCUGCAGAAGAAUGUCGUCUGCGGGCUCUGCGAUGGAAAGGGAGGCAAGGCAAACGCCAUCAAGAAGUGCACGACUUGCGAUGGUCGUGGUGUCAAGUUGGUUGUUCGUCAGAUUGGCCCCGGAAUGAUGCAGCAGAUGCAGGUCACUUGCCCUGGAUGCGAUGGCGAGGGUUCAACUAUGCGUGAGAAGGACAAGUGCAAAAAGUGCAAGGGCGUCAAGGUUGUCAACGAGAAGAAGAUGAUGGAAAUCUUUAUCGAGAAGGGUAUGCGCAACGGCGAGAAGAUCCCCAUGAAGGGCGAGGGAGACCAGCAACCUGGAGUUGAGGCGGGCGAUGUGGUGUUGGUGUUGCAGCAGAAGCCUCAUGCGCUCUUUGAGCGUAGCGGAGCCGAUCUUGCCUGCAAGAUUACGAUCACACUUGUGGAGGCACUCUGCGGUUUCUCCAAGAUCUUGAUCACGCACUUGGACGGACGCGGUAUCCAUGUUGAGCAGCCUGCAGGAAAGGUCAUCAAGCCUGGUCAAGUCAUGAAGAUCACUGGCGAGGGUAUGCCCCACUACAAGAGACCCAUCGAUAAAGGCGACCUCUACAUCACCUUUGAAGUCGAGUUCCCCAAGGACAACUGGGCCACCACCGGCAGCUUCAAGUCGCUUGAGACAUUGCUUCCUAAGCGUGAACCCGUGCCAAUGGAACCCGAGCUUGUGGACCACUGCACUCUGGAGGUGGGCGAUAUGGAGGACUAUGGCGCAAACACUCACACCGGAAACGCGUACGACUCUGACGAGGAUGAUGGUGCGGCCGGACACGGACCUGGCGUGCAGUGCGCCCAGUCUUAA